UUGUCGCGCCAUUCGAAAGUGUGCGAAGUUUGUCGAACAAAUCUUACUGCGAUAUAGUUCGCCACAGUCGCUCGGCGAACUCCGGCGUGGAAGGAUGAUUUUGUGUUUCUUGUGAACUAUGUUCCACGCUGUAUGUGGUGCUAUUUGUGUACUCUUUUUUCAAUUGUAUAAAUCGGUGUCAAAAGUAGUGUAAUUAAAUAUAUAAUUAACGUGUAUAAUUUAAAUUAUUUUGAUCAAAACUGAAUACUGAAUAAAAUCGAGUUUUUUGUUCUUCGAUUAUAGUAACAACUCGACAUCUAAACUGACUUACACGAGAUCAUGAAAGAAGGAUGACGAAAGAUCGAUGAACUUCGUGGCGUCGCGACGAUUUCACACUGUCAAUCGAAACAAAAUCCGAAAGUUUUCAGAUCGAAUGCAGUGAAUCAUGUCGCAAUCGAGACGUUCCAGUGUUUCCAUCCACGAUUAUCCGGAACAUUUGAAUCCAUUCAACGAUGACAUCACCAGUACACAAUCUUACUUUUACCGUGAUGGAAAGGCAAAAGAUUCGAAACAUAAAUUCUGGACAUUUGGCAGAAGUAGAAAGAAGAGGUCAAAUAGUUUUUCUAUUAAGUCCACAUGGAAUGGACUGUUCGGCAAACGGAAAGAUGACAAGUUAGAAAUUCAAGAAAAAAAGUCCACAAUCACCACAGUUUCGUCAACUUACAAAAGAGAACCUUACGUUAAACCAAUACCAUCGCCACGUAUAACGAAGGAUCAGCAAGAAUUUGAUGAAGCUCUUGGAACUUUAGCAAGAAGAAGAAAAUAUACGUUAGAUAAUUCCGCAUCGAGAUACAGUUCGUCUUUGACUGUUAAUGGUGAUCCUGCAAGACUCUAUGAUGGUAGUCCGCAGGAUACUACUACAUCUAUUAUGGGUGAUCUUACACCGAAGCCACCAGCACGAAGAUUUGGCCAAAUGAGUCCAAAACCAACAAGUAAAAUACCACCGUUGGAUUUCGAAAAUGAAAGUCCAAAGGAAAAUGGAAAUGUAACUCUUCGUGAAAAAACACAAGAAAGAACGCCAAUUCCCCCUUUGCGAAGAUUCGGUAAUAGAUCAUCACAAAGGACAAACGUAAUUCUGGAUUCAGAAGAAGAAACGAAUCGUUCAGGUGAUAUAGCGAUGUGUGAUGAAAACGAAAACGUAUCCGGGGAUUACAUGUUUAAAAGAUAUUCUCAGGAUGCAAUUAGAAAAUCAAAUCUUUCGAUAAACAGUUGCGUUUCGAUCGGAAGUACGAUGAGUUCAUAUGGUCGUAAAAAACGAAGAGCACCACAACCACCACGACGUUCAGAAAAUAUAGAAACAAAUGAAGUAAAUCAAAUUUUCUACUUAAAUAGUUUUCUUUUAAAUUUAUCAAUUUUCAUUAUUUCAUUAUUUCAGACGGUUCAUGAAGCAUCUAACAUAAAACUUCAAAUAGUGGAACCAACUGAUAUAACGAGAGUUACCGAAAAUAUAGACGAUUUGACGAAAAAAAGUAAAAAUUUAGACCAAGAAGUUAAUGAAGAAAAAGAAAAUUCAAUUUUGAGUUCCAAUGACAUAUCACCUAAAAAAACAGAAGACAAUUUAACAAAAAUUAUAGAAACUAAUGCAAAUAUAGAAAAAACUUCUAUUGAGAAAAAACUUGUAGAUAUGGAACAAUUAGAAUCAAAAAUUUCGGUUAUAGAGGAUUAUAAAGAAUCGGAAAAAGAUUUUGAGCAAUCUAAAAAAGAGGAAGAAGAUAUUCAAGUCGAAUAUUGCAGAACUUCUGAGAAAAAUAUAGAAAUAAUUAAAGAUAUAGACCAAACGAAUUCAUUAGAAUUAGAUGAUAUCUCUCUUCGAAGGAAAAGUUCUUCAAGCACAUUAUCCAGAAACGACAGUUUUUCUGUGAAAGAUGAGAUUGAAAAGAUAGAGAGACAAAUAAAAGCCUUGGAAACAAAGAAUGCUUCUAAAAACUGUUCGGAAGAAAAAAAUAUAAGGAAUUCGAUUCAAGAAAAUCGUAGGCAUUUUUUUCAAAAUAUGGUCGAGACCGAUAAUGAUAAAGAUCCGAUUAAAAUAGAAUUUAAAGAAUUUCCGAAAGAACAAAAGGACAUUCAUGUGGUAAGACUAAAUGAUUCACCUAUUCCUGUAAUAGCUCCUAGAGAGCCAGUGAAAGUUAUUGAGCUUCACAUUUCUGAACCUAUAAGACGAAAGCCAGAGAUACUCGAAGAUGUGAAUCCAAUUCCAAAACCCAGGAGGCAUAGUGCUUUAAAUCUAAAUCUAAACGAUUCUCAAUCAAACAUGACUCUAAAUAAUAAAAACUUUGAACCAAUAAGAGGGAAAUCUUUGUGAAUUUUAUUUUAAUGAUGAAUUCUUGUAAGAAAUUGUACAAUCUUUUUGAUCUUUAAAUUAAAUAGAAGAAUAUCCCUGUUAAUUUUAGUUGAGAUAUCUUUAAAGACUGUAUAAAUAUUGUGUACAUGUAUAUUUAUUUAAGUGCUUAAAUUUUUUCUUGAUCAGUUUAAAUAUCAUUAAAUAUAUAAUUAUCGGUUUAAAUUUGAAUUUUGAGACAAUUAUGAAUAAAAUUAUUUUUACAAUA